AUGCGCUUCCUGCAAACCAUAUAUGUUAUCCUUUCUUGCAUCUUCUUCUUUUGCAAUAUCUUCUUGGCCUUUUCUGCUGAUGCUGAAAAUGAUACAGAUCGCUUGGCCUUGCUCUCACUCAAGGCACAUAUAACAUCUGACCCGUAUAAAAUCAUGCCUUCAUGGAAUGAUUCAAGCCACAUCUGCAACUGGACAGGCAUCAUAUGUGGUCUGAGGCACCAGCGAGUGGUCACUAUCAAUUUGUGGUCUGGUGGGUUUUCAGGUCCCGUAUCACCUGAAGUUGGCAAUAUGAGUUUUCUUAGGGAGCUUCUCCUUCACAACAACAGUUUCACAGGCAACAUCCCACAAGAGAUUGGCAGGUUAUCAAGAUUAAGGAGGCUAGGACUCUCCAACAAUUCUCUGUCAGGUGAAAUUCCUGCUAAUAUAUCUCAGUGUCGAAAUCUCAUAGAACUUGAUUUGAGCGGGAACAGUUUCAUAGGAGUUAUUCCAAAUGAGUUUGAAUCAUUGACCAAGCUUCUAUACAUAAACCUCCAUUCCAAUGAUCUAACAGGAGAAAUACCAAAGUUUAUUGGAAACUUCACUUCCCUUAUGUUUAUUUCUGGGUUGGGAAAUAAUUUCCAUGGAAGCAUUCCAGAUACUCUAGGCCAGUUGUCCAAUUUGUGGUUUUUUGGGUUCGCAAUGAAUAAUCUUUCAGGCAUUCUACCUCCGUCGUUUUUCAAUCUAUCAUCCUUGACGAACAUAGAUUUGCCUGACAAUCAGAUUGGCGGGAAUCUGCCAUCAGAUAUCGCACAAAAAUUUCCCGGGCUUAUAUUUCUUAACCUUCCGAUAAAUAAAUUUUCGGGAAAUAUUCCUAUUUCGUUAUCUAAUGCCUCUAAUCUUGAAGUCCUAGCACUCAAUGAAAAUGCAUUUACUGGAAGUGUGCCCAACUUUGAUAGGCUACAAAGAUUGACGCAUUUUGCAGUCAACAUUAAUCAACUCGGGAAUGGGAAAUCUGAUAACCUAAACUUUGUAUCUUCUUUGGCCAACUGCACUAACUUAAGAGAUUUAGGUUUUGGUGCCAACAAUCUUGGAGGAGUCUUACCGAAAUCAUUGUUUAAUUUUACUCUACUUACCGAUCUCACAGUAGGUGGAAAUUUGAUUUCUGGUGAUAUCCCCUCCGAGAUUGGGCAACUGGUUAACAUGAGAAGAUUGUUUCUAUUCUCCAACCAGUUCACCGGUAGAAUUCCGGAGUCAAUUGGGAAACUCAAAAAUGUCGGAAUAAUUUCUCUAAGUCGAAACUUAUUAUCUGGUUAUAUACCAUCGUCAUUUGGAAAUCUCACGCUAUUGAGCAGACUCUAUUUACAACGUAACAAACUAGAGGGUCCUAUACCAUCUAGUUUAUCAAACUGUAGGGGGUUGCAGCUGUUGGAUCUUUCUGAAAAUAAUCUCAGUGGUAACAUACCCAAGGGGAUUUUCAGUCUAUCUUCCUUGACAAUAUCCCUAGGCCUUUCUGAUAAUCAUUUUGUGGGUUCUCUUCCUUUGGAAGUAGGCAAUUUGCGAAAUUUAGUUUCCUUUGAUGUUUCAAACAACAUGAUGUCUGGGGUGAUUCCAGCUAAUCUUGGAGCUUGCACAAGUUUGGUUGUGUUAUCCAUUGCAGGAAACACCAUUCAAGGAGAAAUCCCAGAGUCAUUCCGCUCCUUAAGAGGACUAGAAAUUCUAGAUCUUUCUCGCAACAAUUUAACAGGGAAAAUCCCAGAGUUUCUGGGAGAUUUUGUGUUUUUCAAAAGUUUAAAUUUAUCUUUCAAUGGUUUUGUGGGAAAGGUACCAGAAAUCGGAGCGUUCAAAAAUUUAAGCAUAGUUUCCAUUGAUGGAAAUACUAAGCUUUGCGGUGGUUUCCAAGGAUUUCAGUUACCUAAGUGUUCCAGUGAAGGAUCAUCAAGGAAAAAACGAAUUCCUCUUUCCUUGAUAAUCGUUGUACCAAUACUUACCGUGAUUUCUGUAACUCUUAUUGUGAUCUUCUGUUUGGUGUACAAAUCAAGAUAUAAUAAGAAGGUUGCUGAAGAAACUAGUUCAGAUAAUGAAAACUUCCCACAAGUUUCUUAUAGAAGAUUACACAAAGCAACUGAUGGGUUUUCUUCUGCAAAUUUGAUUGGUUCUGGAAAGUUCAGCUCUGUAUAUAAGGCAAUUCUGUACGAGAAAAAUGUAGCCUACGCUGUUGCUGUGAAGGUACUAAAACUUGAAGUUCAUGGCGCUGACAAGAGUUUUUUUGCAGAAUGUGAAGCUUUGAGAAGCAUCAGACAUAGGAAUCUUGUAAAAAUUGUAACUUCUUGUUCAGCUCUUGAUUUUCAAGGGAAUGAUUUCAAGGCUCUGAUUUACUCUUAUAUGGUCAAUGGGAGUUUGGAGGACUGGUUGCACCAGAAUACGCUAGUUAUUGAUCCAGCAAAUGAGCAGUCAUACAGGUGUCUGAACUUUUUACAGAGAUUAAACAUCUUGAUUGAUAUAGCUAGUGCUCUAGAUUAUAUUCAUUGCCAGUGUGGAUCACCAAUGGUUCAUUGUGAUCUAAAGCCUAGUAAUGUUUUGUUGGAUGCUGACUUGGUUGCUCAUCUUGGUGAUUUUGGCUUGUCAAGAUUUCUUCAGCAUACCAGACAUGAUUCUUCUAGCCGCACCAGUUCACUUGGAUUAAAAGGAACAAUCGGAUAUGUGGCUCCUGAACACGGAAUGGGUAGCCAGAUGUCAAUAUAUGGCGAUAUCUAUAGCUUCGGAAUUCUUAUACUGGAGUCAUUUACGGUCCAACGUCCUACUCACAACAUGUUCAGUAGCAGUUUGAAUCUUCAUGAUUACGUAAAAAUGGCAAUACCACACCAAGUUAUGGAGAUAACUGAUCCUCUCCUUUUGGAAACCAAGCAAGAGAAAAAUAUAACUAAAGAUUAUACACAAGACUGCAAAAAGUAUGGGAUAAUGGAGGAAUGUCUGACUUCAGUCUAUCGAGUUGGGAUUACUUGCUCCAUGGAAUUGCCAAGAGACCGGCUACACAUCAACAAAGUCAUUGAGCAACUGCAGUAUACAAAAGAAACUUUUCUUCACAGAAUUGGUGAACCUAUCAGAAAAUAAUCAAAGAUGUUGAAGGAAAACGAAGAUCAAAAUCCUGGGAAGGAUUUGGGUAAUGUCAAUGAUCCCAAGAAUCCAGUGAAUGAAGUUGUGAAGAAAAUAAAAAGAUGUAAAACAUGCUUUGGAGUUGGUCAUGAUAGCAGGAAUUGUCCUUUUGGAUUGAAGAAAUCAUAGAACUACAAGAACUUCAUCAAAUUGGUCGUUUUUAGAUAUUAUUUAGUUUGAUUUCAAUAAAAUAAAAGUAUGUUUUUGAUGAAUUAUAUGGUAUUAUCAAGUUUCAGUUCAAUGUAAUAAAGUUGUCGUUUGAUGAA